GUCUAUCAGUCUCAGACUUAGCCAGCCGCAUAACUAUGGUUUUGACUUGUAUCCUGUACACGCCCGCUGUUGUUGAGGCUGAUUUACCGUUUAACAGCACGGAUGUACAUUAUCUGGUACUUUCUAUGCCUCAUUUUGCAUUCACCAGAAUCAGCAGCUGUAUCACUGCCAUGCUUGCUCUAGAAAGAUGUUUGAGUAUUGUGGCUCCAUUAAAG